GUGUGCUAUUGAGUCGCGUCGAGGGAGAGUCGAGGAGAAGAGACACUUGACACUGAAGAUUUCUAAUGGGCUCCGUCAUGAGCGCUUUGACUGGUGAUGAGGGACACAGCGUAGUCGCAGAAAAGCCAUGCCAGACACGGGCACGUACGAGAGGAGAUUUUCCGGGUGUGGCUGUUGUGCACAGCGCUCCGUGUGCGGUGUGCGGCGAUGCGGACGAGCGCGAGUGGUGCGCCUUAUGGCGACGCGCACCAAGCCACGCGGAGUACGCAAGCCACCACGGGAGGCGGGGAAGGGAAGCUGAGUUUGAGGCGGACUCACAACCUUGUCCUUCCCGGUCCAAGCCGUGUAAUUACGAAUGCUGCCACUGUUGGAACAGACAUGCUGGCCACUUCAAUCGAGGAUCUCCAUCGAGCCGGCUUCGAGUCGUGAGCGAAUGCCAUCAAUUCCGCGCCGACCCCGAUCCCGCUCUUCUUUUUCAAGUGGCACUGGAGCAGAUUGAUUAAUUGACCAGCAAGGCACCGCAUGCACGCGCGUCGGUCAUCCACCCGAUCGCGCAUGUGCA